AUGUCUCCGAGCUCAUCGACGUCAAGGAAUCAACUACAAGUCACUCAUGUUCAGUCGCAAGAAGGGGUAAAGGUUUGUGAUUGUGUCGUUCCAGCUAAAGAACGAACCUGUUGGAAGAUAACAAACCCUGGGAGGCGAUUCUGGAAUUGUCAAAACAGUAUGGAACUGUCUGAGAUGAACAAUUUGAGGAGAAGGAUUGCUGAAGUGGAGUUUCUGCUGUCACAGGAGCAGUAUAAGGUGGCAAAGAGUGAGAAAGAAGUUCAUGAUGCAAGGAAGGCAAUAGGC